AUGCAAUGCAAUUGGUCGACAGCGGCCAAUAUCAUCCCCAGGCUCGGGAGUAUCAUUCGCCAUAGCUCGUUCACAACCACCAGUCUCCACAAGUCGCGAACACCCUUGGGCUCUUUUUUUGAGCAGCCGAAACCGCGAAGUGACUGCUGGAAUCGCUGCCGCAUCAAUGCAUCCGCACUGUUGUUCACAUUCGCGCCGAGCCGCGCGUCCGCUGCUCUUGCCAUACGACAAGACAUUCCCUCCCCACCUGCGAACACUAUUUCCGCGUCGGAGAGUGCGAUUGCCUCGACAUCAUUGACGGCAGCCCAGCUGUCGCGUGCCGCUGCGCAGGCUGCCCGUCUUUGCGUAAAGGACGGAAAGGUCGGGGAUGCCUUAUACCUCAUCCACUCUCUUCAUCACUCUUUAUACCACGGGCCGUGGAAGUCUGAUAGUCAUCGAUCCAAGAGCAACACACACCGCUCGAAGGCUUCGCAACCACCUCUACAGCCUAUCGACUUUGGGCAACCGGUAUCUCUCCGGCUGACCGCGCACUCCUUUCUGCAUGGAAUGAUACGUGCUGGAUAUCACAAGAAGGCGGCGAAAUACGCGGAAAUCAUGAUGGCGAAUGGCCUGCGCAUCCGGAGCACUACGAUGGAGUCCAUCGUAGCUUCCCUCACGACUGCCGACAGUGUUCUCAACGGCGUAACUUCAAAAUUAUCCCGCAACCGCUUGCGACUGCCUGAUGGGCCUGAGGUGUUGCAGCUGCGGGCCAACAUGAUUGGGGAUCGGUGCACGCGGGUUGCGUUUGACCUCCUGUCUGAGGCUCGCGCAUUCGGGCAGCAUCGUACGAAGCGGAUGUAUGACCGGCUCAUCAGCACGCUUCUCAUGCAAGGCGAAAUUAUCGUCGGGUCUCUUCUGUUCGUUCUGUUGGUGAAGGAUUGGGAACUGCAGCAGGCCAAGGCCGAUGCUCUCCAAGCCAGUAAUGGUGGCAUGAAAAACUCCGCAGUUGAGGCGUGUCAUAGGAGGGUUCUGAGGUUAUCUCCGAAGGAUGCUCCGCUGAGCACGCCUUAUCCUGCUCUGGAGAUGAUGCGCGUCAUCCUGAAGCAAAUCGACAAUACGUUGUCUCGAGACCCUCAGGGUCCAGAAGAUCAAUCGUAUUUAAGGGCGCCACUACAGGCCCUAGCAAACCUGGCGAUACUUCUCGAUACGGGUCAAUUUCGUGUGGGCAACCUGUCACCUCUGAUCCGAUCACUAUACUCUUGUCCCAAAACUGAUGAAUCUGUAUGGAUAGUUCGUGACGGCAAGCCGACUCGUGUCCUCGCUCAUACCUACUUUCGAGAUGUCUUAUCGCGUCUGCUCGAGUCAUUGAAGGGCAACGCCCCGCAACGAUCAGUGCGACUUGAUCUCCGGUCGUACAACACGUUGUUGUCUUACUCCCUCCGCUACCGACUUUCUCCUGCCCUUGCCUCACAGGUGCUGGAACAUAUGUGUGUCAAAAGGGAGCCUCCGUUUAUCCCUGAUGUUGUCACAUACAAUAUCCUCCUGCGUUCCGGAACGCUGUUGCGGAGAAUAGACAUCAGUGACGCUGCGCUUCGUGUACUGCGUAACUCCACGAUGAAGUCACUGCAAGAGCCUACAGUGAAGCCUCUAGCGAAGGGUCCCAGCGGUAAAACUCCGAAUCCUGCGGCCGCUAUAGCUCCAUUGAUAAAAUCUCCUGUGCGGUCACGCUUAGGACCGGCAUUGCAGCGACUUCAAAUGGAGCCUCUUAAUAUGACGCUGAAAGACGGCACAGAGCUGAACUUCGAUUUAACUGCGGACGCCUACACGCUUUCCAGCUAUGUGACGCACUUGACGUCCAUUGGAAUGAACCGCGUCAUCGCGAAGCUGCUCUUCGAUAUUCUCCCGGAGUUGCAGAUUGUGGACCACCCGUCGUGGGGUAACCUGACACGCCAGGAUCGCCGGCUGCUUAAACACAACUCUCGUCAAGCAUGUCUCCGGCGCGCUGUCGAAUAUGGGCCGUACGUCUUUGCCGCUAUCCUCAACGCGCUCAGGAAGGCGGGCCAGACCGGGCUGGCAGAGCGAGUGUGGUUCCUGGCGAAGCAGGCGGAGCAUGCGAGUUGGGUCCCUGAAUUCGCCCCCGAGAUUCGGCCGUGGUGUCUACCUGUGCACGCAUAUACAUCUAUGAUGCAGUGCUAUGCAGCGGAGUGCAGGAAGGGUUUCCAUACGCGCCGCCGGACCUACCGUACUUUGCAGCAUGGCGAAGAGUCGGAACUGUGGAAGCCGAGGACCACUCAUCGUCUCACUGGGUGGGCACAUUUUGUUCUGAAGCGGCAGCGUCUCAGGCUCGCGGCCAACAAGCGCAGACAAUUUCACUUGCCCGCACGGAGGUUGCAGUCAGAGCUAUAUAAGUGCAUGAUGUCUGGAGGGUGGAUGAUCUACAAUGCACUGUUCUCGUUCAACAACGUGAAAUGUCCCUCUAACGUCCAGGCACCAUCUGCAGAUGCCCGGUUUUUUAAUGCCGCUCUCGAGCUGUUCGGCCGACAGCCGCACAUGUACGCGCGCGCGAGACGCAGCACUGGUUCCCAUUGGAAGAGCAGACUUGGAGCCGCCCGUACACGAUAUUUACGUUACGGUCGCUUGUCUCCUCGUUGGACACCCAUGCUGGAUACACUCGCAAAGGCCAUGGUUGCUGCAGGAUUCUCGGUGCCCCUGGGCUUCCGCGAGGUUUUCAUCGGUCGUUGGUCUCCUGGUACUUUGUCUUUGGGCCGUCAGGUCCAUCCGCUGGAUCGCCGUCCCGAUACUUUUCCUCCUGUGCGCGCGGCAUUUCGACCACACGCCUUACCUGUUGUACGGACUCGAGGUCUUCCAUUGAGGCGUAGAGGGCGUACGCGCAAGAGGAAUGCCAACGUAGAAGUAAUUUAA